AUGGCGGCACAACUUCUGUGCCAUGACCACAAAGAGGAAGUGCUCUCCUCUAUUGUUUUCUGUCUUGCCACGGGCUGGAAUAUGGUUAUGGAGGAGGGAGCCUUCACAGCCCACUUGGCCUCAAGAUCAAGGCUGGCAGAGGGCGGCCCCGGAGGGAGGCCGCGAGGGCAGCGGGACCCCUGGGCGGCUGAGGAUGCCGGCGGCCGCCGUCGCCCCGGAGCCGCCCGCGGAGUGCUGGUGGCACCCUGUAACUAUGCACACGAUGCUACGUUUGCAAUUAAGAAGUGCGAUCUUUAUCGAUUAGAGGGGGGGGGUCCCCCCCCCGCCCCGGUGACAACCGUGCUCACCCGGGAGGAUGGGCUCGGAUACUACCGGGCGGUGCAGUUGUUCCAGCGCACGGAACUGAAGGCGGAUCAGCUGUACCGUGGUUUCUGUCACUUGCGCGAAGGUCAGGGGUGUCGCGUGGGCCUGGAGCCCGGGAUCAGCCCCACCGCUGGCGUCAGCACCUUCCGGGCUCAGGGCUCGAGCUCCACUCGUGGGAUCUCCGUGCGACCCGUUCUCGCAGAGCUGAGCGGGCGGGCGGGGGCUGGGCUCGAGGGAAAGGGGGGGGCGAUGCACACACAGGUAGGCGACCCCGGUGCCCUGGGAGCUGGCGUCGCGCAGGCCUGUAGGUACUAGGGGAGCCAAGACGUCUGCCCGCCGCUCCUUGGCGAUGGCGCUGCGAACCAGGGAUGCACGGCUGUCGCGAGGGCGGCAGCCAGCCCCGAUUGCUGCGGGAGAGGACGCUUGGUCCCUGGACCGGCGGAGGGUGGAAGGGAUGCUCCGUGAGUUCGGGAGGCAGCUAAGUUUGCAGCGGCCGCCUGUCCAUCCGACAAGGGGCCCGUGGUGAUGGAGCCGCAGGCCUGCCCUUACCACGGACACAGCCUGAGCGACCCUGGGACCGCGACCCUGGGGCGCGGACGCGGGGAGAUCCAGAGCCGGAGACGUUGACGUGAGAGCGAUCCCAUUAGGCUGCUCAAGGACAGGAGGGCAAGCACUAAGCUCGGCAGCACGGAAGCGUCCAGGGAAAUCGAUGUGGGAGUGAGACAGGAAAGUGAGGACGCCGCCCAGUUUGCUGUAUCUGAUCCUGAACCACCUUUGGAAGAAUGAGGUCAUCACUCCCACCGCGGUAAUCCACCUUUUGAGGUUCGUGGUGCAGAUCUGUGGAUCAAGUUUAAGUCCCUCAGUUAA